UUCAUUUUGCCUAUUGCCUAGUAGAGAGAGGUGUGUCGUUUUUGGUUUCUCUGUUUACAACUCUACAGUGGUCGGCGAGGGAAAAAAAUAAAACAUCGUUACAUGCACCCACUUUCCAAUUCCAAUUUCAAUAUCUCUCUCUCUCUCUCUCUCUCUCUCUCUUUGUUGUUUAAUCAGACGGCCAGCAUCUUCAAGUUUUAUGAGAACUAAGUAGAAGGUUGGUCGUCUAUGAAGUCAUUGAAGUCAUGGAAAUGGCUGUUUAAGAAACGGAAUGCCUUGUCUGAUGGGGGAAAAUGUGGGUUCAAGAUGAAGCAGCUGCCGUUUAUGGGAGUUGUGUGUACAGUUACGUUGUUCAUUGUGUAUAGAAUCACAAAUUAUCAGUAUCAGCAGACAGAGAUGGAAGGAAAAUUUAUUCCUUUUGACACCAUUAAGGAAUCUCAUUUGGGAUCCAGAAGUUUGGGUGGUUUGCCUCAUGGUAUAAUUCAAGCUAGGUCAGAUUUGGAGUUAAGGCCUCUAUGGUCAACAAGUAGUUCACGGUCAAAGGAAAAUGGUUAUAGAAGUCGUAGCUUGCUGGCAAUGCCAGUUGGUAUUAAGCAAAAGCGUAAUGUCAAUGCUAUUGUGCAGAAGUUUCUUCCAGAGAAUUUUACUAUUAUUCUAUUCCAUUAUGAUGGCAAAUUGGAUGGGUGGUGGGAUCUUGACUGGAAUAAUAAGGCGAUACACAUAGUUGCUCAGAAUCAAACAAAGUGGUGGUUUGCAAAGCGCUUUCUACAUCCAGAUGUUGUGUCAAUUUAUGAUUACAUAUUUCUUUGGGAUGAAGAUUUGGGGGUUGAUCAUUUUAACCCAGAAAGGUACCUGGAUAUUGUGAAAAGAGAAGGACUGGAGAUAUCUCAGCCAGCUUUGGACCCAAAUUCAACAGAUAUACAUCAUAGAAUUACCAUUCGUGCUAGGACAAAGAAGUUUCAUAGGAGAGUCUAUGACAGCAGAGGCAGUGUGAAAUGUUCAGAUGCCAGUGAGGGGCCACCAUGUACUGGAUUUGUUGAAGGCAUGGCUCCUGUGUUUUCAAGAUCUGCUUGGCAUUGCACGUGGCAUCUUAUACAGAAUGAUCUUGUCCAUGGAUGGGGAAUGGACAUGAAACUUGGGUAUUGUGCGCAGGGGGACCGCACUAGGAAAGUGGGAGUUGUUGAUAGUGAAUACAUUGUUCAUAAGGGCAUACAAACUUUGGGUGGGAGUGGACUGCCUGCGAAAAAGCCCUCGAACCCUGAGGAGUUGACUAAGAGACAUGGUGCUACAGCUUUUGAUGUGCGAACAGAGAUUAGGAGGCAAUCAACGUGGGAGCUUCAAAUGUUUAAAGAGCGAUGGAAUCAAGCUGUUGAGGAGGAUAAGAACUGGGUGGAUCCAUUUAAACAAGAUAAAAAACGCCGCAGAAGAAAACGCCAACACCGAGUUUUUAAUUUCUAACCUUUACCAAGACGCUGGGAUAUCAUUAGUUUGGCUUAGUUCACACACACCACUCUCAUCUAUACAUUUAUACAUCGUAAUUUAGUUCGUCUAGCAUUUAUUGAAUUGUCAUAUUUGUUUCAUUAUUUAAGGAACCACAAUAUUUGCUCUUACAGUUCAGAUUUUUUCUCUA